UUAUGAAACGAAACUAAAACCAGACAACCGAGUACCUAAUAUUUAAUGAAAUUUUCAGUCUUUCGCAUGAGAUUUAUAAUAAUUUUAAUAUGUUUUUGGUUUAAUUUUCGUUUUUCCCUGUCUUUGGUUCCAUUCGAUUCUCAUUACUCUUAUGUUACCCUCAACCUGUAGCAGGUAGUAUAGCCGCGGGCUGCGGAAUUCUUAGAUACCGAAUAUUGAAUCAAUUGCUGUAAAGUCAAUAUUUUCCUAUAACACACGAUCCGUUAAACUCUCAAUGAGAGCGCUUACAAAGACAAAAAGAUACGGGAAAUGGGCGUGCAUGAUAUCAAAGCGCCCAACCACCUUAUAACCUUCAUCGGCGAUGAGGCGGAAGGUGAUAAUGCCCCUAGUGAGUCGCGUUAAGAAUCACCAGAAGACAGUGGAUUUAUUAUCUCCCAUUAUAAUACUUUAAUAACCGGGCAACAACAACAUCGUCGCCGGGUAACAAAUGGUACAAUGGUCACCACCACCAGUUCAUUGAUUUAAAUAGUUCCUCUCUCUCUCUCUUCAUGCUAAAAAGAGAAAAAAUGACGUAAUUUAUAUAACUAAUGGUUUAGAAAUGUGAAGUUAGUCUCUCUCGGGGGCCUAUCAGCAGAAAUGCCGGCAAAUGUUUUGCUUUAUCUGCGAAGAGAAACACUGUGACUCACUGUGAGGCGUUCAAGCAGUUGUAAAACAUGCGCUUAAGAAAGACAACAAUAAACGAUCAACUGAUCAAACGGUAACACUUCCUUCCAAGAGUAUGAUAAUGCGAAAUGCAAAAAGUGUUCCAGCACGAAAGCGAUCAUUUGCCGCGUGCACAUAAAAACAGGCACGAUGGUUUCCUAGAGAACGUUGAAAGUCAAAAUGAUCGACGGCUAAUAAAAAAGGUAGCAAAAAAAAGAAAAGCAUAGCAAUAUCACAUUAGGCGUAAAACUUUAAUAAGAUGCAAACAGGUGAAGGAAAACUAAAAACUAUCUGAAAUAUUGAGAAGAAAAAACAAACACUCAAGCACGAAUUCACAAUUUUUGACAAUGGUUCCAGCGGUAAUCAUGCACCUUCUCCUUGGUGUGGAUCAAACGUGUCGCAUGAAAAUGUGCCUGGGAUCACUAAUAGAUAAUUGCACCGCUAAUAAUCUACCGUGGGACCCCCAAGAGAUCGCCCCAAAACAGAUAGAAGACAGCGCUCACGACGUUUACAUGUUGCGUAUUCCUUUCCUUCUUCGCCACCUCACCCUAGCGGAUUGUUCUCCCGGGUGAAGGAACUGAUAGUUGUACGCUUUUUAGAGGAUCCACUAGAUUAAGAGCGCGUCAGUGCAGCAGUAUCAACAGUGGGGGUAGGUGCGUCAAUCCUUUUUAAUUCUUGUGUGUGUGGUUGUAUUCGUGUGUGCGUGCUUGCCCAGUUUUCCUUGAAAACCUCCAAAGAGUGAUAUAACACAAAAGUGUGAAAUAGAAAGCCUCCUGGCCGUGCAGGAGAAAUCGACUAAACUUAGUAAUAUAUGAAAGGCAGAGUAACUAAAAAAAGCCUAAAACAUCGAUAAUAAAUGUGAAAUACAUUGCCAAUGCUUUAUUAGAAAGCAAAUCUUGAAUGUAGGUAAUCGAUGCAGUUAAUGAAACAUCGCCCCCAAAUCGCACCUCGUAGAUCACACCCCAUACAGCAUCCAAUUAAGAAGCCCCAAAAGACCGGUCAACCGACGACACGCGUGUACAGGGUGUGGUUGGAGGUGAUAACAAAUGCAAUUCUAAUCUAUCACCCUGUUCCACUCACUGAUAUUCGUUGUUUCUGUGUGCGGGUGUGGAUGUUCGUGUGUGCGUUACGAUCACUCAUGUGUACGUAUCCCAUGUGUGUCCUUUGUGUAGCUGUUAAUGUUAGUUUGAAGAUUGGAAGUAGAAGAAACUACUGGAAUAGGAAUAGAAGGCACUUUUCGCCCCGUUAGAACGUUCGCUGGAGAGAGUGUGUGGAUUUGUUGCCACCAGCUCACAAAAUCAAUCGUUGUUCGCCUAGCCAAGAAGCUUUAUCGAAACAGUCGUUUCAGAUUCCCGCCUGCCCGCCCGCAAAAGAACAAUCGACACAAGGUGCGGCAGUGAAUAUCGGAGAAACUAUGAACCAAAACCAAACGCGCCUGAAUUGAUCUAUCGACGGUUAGCGUCUUUAACAUAUAAGUAUCUAUAAUAAUCGCAAUCAAGCGCACGUCCGUCGCCCCACCCUUUGUUUCGCAUGCCAAUUUAUCACGCUCAAUAAGCAGAAAGACAAAGAUUGUGCUUAACGCCUAGCUCUCAUGCCAAAAGCAAAUGGAUUCUGAUUGGGUGAAAGGCAAUGUAUGCAAUCCAUUAAGCAGAAACUAAUAUUAGCCGCGGUGCACGCAUGCCACUAUCGAUCACGCUCGAUUUGGUCCGCCCAGGGGGUGUUUUACGCCAAGAUUUAAAGUAAUGAGUUUAGUUUUGCCUCACGAGUUCUUUUGCUUGGUUGUUGAACUGGUUUCUAGAACCGAUAACGAACACACUAUUUGCUCAAAUUCUCGCAAUCCCAAAACCACGGUGUGCUAUGACGCCACGAUAUAUUCCAUACUUACAAACAAACACCAAAAACCCCUCCUACCUCUUAAAUGCAAAUAGACAUCGCGAUCGAAUAGCAGGCGAUGGCCUCUAUCGGUAAGGUUUUGUUCCAUAUUGAUCUAUUUUGUUAACACACUUCUUCCCCCUUCGCGUGAAUCCAUCUCGUUAGUACUCUCUACCCCUAACAAUGGCAACGAUCGACUCACACAAUGGCAAAUAAGAAAAGAUCCAUUUAGCGUGCGCAUAUUAACUCGGUGGUGGGUGGGUUACAUCGAAAAUUCCAAUAUGUCUAAUGCUGACCAUCUCGCCAAAACAUCACUGGUACUCUUUCUUCGUUCCACGUUUUAUGGUUCGCGAACGCGUGGCGCGAAUAGCUAUAGUGUGCGCGGUUGUAGCUGGGCUACAGUAUAGGGUAAACAUAUUACACAUCAACCAUUUUCCAGAAGUAGUUUAUCAAAACAGUCCCGUCGAAUCGUCGGAUUUAUCAGUAUCAGCAUACAUCAGGUCGUACCCAUGUAGUUAUGUGUUACGUUAGGCCUGGCGCUGGUUAAGAGCCAGAGACCAGCUGCUAAGGAAGGUUUCGCCGAAACAACCUUGUCCAUUCGAGAGGUAGAAAGAGAGAUUGUCAGUCUGAGACCACCACCACAGGGUAUGGCAUCCAUUUCCCAAUCUGUUGCUUAAUUUCGAAACGAAAUAUGAAAUGUUUUGUGUUUAAGCAGAUAAACGAAACUUAAACUAUUCGUAAUGGCGAAAAGAAAUGAAUGAAAAUCAAACCCCUUAUCACAAACGAAACGAAUGAAAGUGUGACACGGUAGCGAUGAGCUUUUUGGAUAGAAGGGAAAAAAACGAGCGCCUACAAAAAGUAGUUAUUAGAAACGAGAGCAACAAAACGACUUAAUAUUGAAGGUGAAGAAGGAAGAACCGUGAAAACGCGAGCGAAGGCAAAGAUAAAACGUUACAAUAAAAGAGCGAAAACGAAAAGGAGGAGACCGACGAAUCGACGACUGUUUAAACAAACGAAAUCAUAUGCGGGCUUUAGGGAGCAAUGGGCUGAGCGAUAGAUGGGGUUUGAAGAGAACUUUAAAGAAGUAUGCAGCGCAAUAUAAGUAGGCAAAUGAGUUGAUUUGGGUUUCUUUAUUCUCUACGGUCUUUAAUUUGCAAAGUGACGUCUAGUUUAUGGUUUAUAUAAGUAAAGCAAGAGCUCGUUUGGUGGGCGCGCAUCGCUAAAAAAGCGGCAGAGAGACGAGCGAAUGCUCGUGGAACACCCCAACACCUUACAUUCAUAUCCUAAGAGAGCUUCUUUUCCUCGUUUAGCUCUGCAAUGGUUGGCUUAUUUGUAAGGAUUCCCUUUUUCGCGGUUUUGGGGCGUAAUAUCAUGUGAGAAUGUGGAGUCAAUGAUUGAUAUUUUAUUUUUAUUAUUGUAACUAUGAUUAAAAUUAUUAUUAUUAUUAUUACUACUACUACUAUGUUAAUGGAUAGUGCUAGGGUUUUUUUUGCUUCUUUUUUGUCAUAAAUGUAAUACUUAAACAAACAUGCAGACGACGACGGUAAACCUACCAAACAAACUCUACAAAACAGUUAAUAGGGUAGCCUCUAGCGAAGAGAAGCGGACAUGUGUGCUAGUUUCUCCGCUAAAACGAAACACCCCUUCUUAACAGCAGAAUUUUCAGGUUAAACCGCCCCGAGUUUCUGCUUGAAUACCGUAACGCCACCUUCUUUCUCCCACCAAUCCGCCACGGACCCGGUUGAUCGAUGUAGCCUUUGCUCUUGGUGGUUCACUGCGAUAAGAAUGCCGUAGCGUCAAGCAUGCCAGAACCGAUUACACGUUACCUUGCGUGCCGCGAUUGAUCAGGUGUUAAAAUUUCUCUACAGUUCCUUGGAUUCCUCCUUCACGUUUUAAAUUAGUUGUUUUUUGUUUUUGAUUUAUCCCACUCGGAAGCAGAGUACAAAAGUGUGCCUUACCGACACUUUGCAGACCACGUAUGCGAUACCUACUCCUCCCACCAAUGAUUCGUCUUUUAUGGUGUCGCUUCUUUAGCUUAGCCUCUGCCCUAAACGGCAACUACACACUACCCGAGUUGUUUUUACUUCUUCUUCACCAAUUUAUAGAGUUAUUUCAUAGUGGAGCUAGUUGUUACGGUGUUUCCUGUCCUACAGAUCAAGGCCACACCACUAUUCCCCCCCGAAAAGUACAAAUAUUUUUCCGUUUUAAAACGAGCACCAUUGAGAAGAAGGUUUUCAAACACUGAGCUUGUGUUCAGCUCAUCCAGAAUCAACCAAACACAUCUUUAAACGAUACGUAAUCACUACAAUAAGCAGAAAGACGGUAAAAGGGGCAAGCAGUGCGAGACGCUCGCUUAUCGCCAGUGAACCAGUGUGGAGAGAGACACAAGAGCACAAGGCAAUCAACAAGGCGGCUUAACUAGAGUUGAUGAAAGGAUCACGGUUAGUAUCCAAACCACAGUCCGCCACUCAUUGGAUGCACGGCACAAGGCACGGAGUGCACAGGAUGUGUGGCGGUGAUUGGUGGGAGAAAGGGGGAAAGGCGAAAGCAGAAGAGAACACAAUUAAAUUCUGAUUAAUUGAGACUGUGUAUUCCAUUGUGAUAUGAAUGAUUGUAAAGAGGAAAAGAAAAUCGAAAAACAAACAAAUAAGCAGAUGCUGAUACAAAUAACAAAGCAUAAAAGAAAACACAUUAUUAAAGCAAAUAAAGAAAAUGGGAAGAGGUGGAAAAGUAAACACUAAAAUAAUAGCAGGAAGACACACCGAUAACAGUGCGCGCGCGCGCGCUGCUGCUGCUGCUGCUACCCCACCAUCAAUGCGGGUGGCCAGUGGCCAUGUGUUAGGUUGAGACGUGUAACAGUUGAAUGCUAGAGAUCACAUUAAUUUAUUAUAAAUAAAAGUGCAACUGUAAUGAAUUUGACAGAAAAAUACAAAAAUACCACAAAAUGAUA